AUGGAUAAUAAAGUACCUUUACAUCCUGAACCAAAGAAGUUCAAAGUUCCAAAGGGACCAAAACCUAUUCAUCAUAAGAAUAAAAAUUUAAUAGGUUUAGGUAGAACUAUUGCAAAUCAAAGAUCAAAAGAAAAUGCUAUACAAUAUUUACCGGACGGUGAAAUGAGAUUUACAACUGAUAAAAAAGAAGCUAAUUGGGUUAAAUUAAGAUCGGUCACUCAAGAAAACUCUCUUGAUGAAUUUUUGAAUACUGCUCAAUUAGCUGAUACUGAUUUUACUGCUGAAAAAUCAAAUCAAGUUAAAAUUAUCAAAGUUGGUAAUACUAAUAUUAUAAAUAAUAGUGGUUUAUUAAGUGUUGACGAAAUGUUAGCAUUAAGGCAAAAGCAUAUGUUAUUUGAGAAUAAAUUAACAAUACCAAGAAGACCAAAAUGGAACAAAAAUCAAUCAAGUUUAGAAAUCAACAGACAAGAAAAUUUAUCGUUCCUUGAAUGGAGAAGAGAUUUGGCUAAUUUAACAGAAAACAACGAUUUAUUAUUAACUCCAUUUGAAAGAAAUAUAGAAGUUUGGAAGCAACUUUGGAGAGUUGUUGAAAAAUGUGACUUAAUUGUUCAAAUUGUAGAUGCCAGAAAUCCAUUAUUUUUUAGAUCAUUAGAUUUAGAAAAAUAUGUUAAGGAAUUGGGUGAUAAGAAUAAUUUAUUAUUGGUGAAUAAAGCUGAUUUAUUAACUAAACAACAAAGAAUAGCAUGGGCAAAUUAUUUUAAAACAAUAGGUAUAAAUUAUACAUUUUUCUCAGCUGCAAAAGCAAAUGAAUUGUUGGAAAAGGAGGAGGAAGAGUUGGAAGAAGAAGAAGAAGAAGAAUUGGAUGAAUCAAUAAGGAUAUUGAAAAUAGAUGAACUUGAGAAAUUAUUCAUAGAUGCAUCACCCAAGACAGAAGAGAAAUUAAAUAUUGGGUUAGUUGGGUAUCCAAAUGUGGGUAAAUCAUCAACUAUAAAUGCUUUAGUUGGAUCUAAAAAAGUUUCAGUUUCUGCAACACCAGGUAAAACUAAACAUUUUCAAACAAUACAUUUAUCACCAGAUGUUUUACUUUGCGAUUGUCCUGGUUUAGUAUUUCCAAAUUUUGCAUAUACAAAUGCUGAAUUAGUAUGUAAUGGUGUUUUGCCAAUCGAUCAAUUAAGAGAACAUAUACCACCAGUUUCUUUAUUAUGUCAAAGAAUACCUAAGUAUUACUUGGAAGCAUUAUAUGGUAUUCAUAUACCUAUACAAAAGAUUGAAGAUGGUGGAAAUGGUGAAUAUCCAACAGCAAGAGAAUUAUUAAAUGCAUAUGCAAGAGCAAGAGGCUAUAUGACACAAGGUUUUGGUUCUGCAGAUGAAAGUAGAGCUUCAAGAUAUAUUUUAAAAGAUUAUGUAAAUGGUAAAAUGGUUUUUAUAAAUUCACCACCACAACAGAAAGGAGAAGAAUGGGAAUUGCCAAAUUUACAACAAUCAAGAGAAUUUAAUAAAGAACUAUAUACUUUGAACAACCUUCCUGCUUCAAGACAAGAGCAAAUCAAAGCUGCAAUGUUGCAUAAAAAUUUAAAAAUUGAUGAAUUUAAUUUGUCUAAAGAUUUAUCAAAAUUAAACUUUUCAAUGCAUAUUGGUGAAACAAGUGAUGAAAAAGCAAAUACUAAAUUUUAUGGUGGUAAAAAUGCUGAAUUAGAAAGUGCUGGUGAUGAUUUAGAUAAAGAAUUUUUUAAUAUGAAUAAUAUUCAAGGUAAAAUUGAAAGUCCAUUUCAUAAAAAGAUAACAUUAAAUAGUAAGAAACAUAAUAAGAAGAACAAGAAAGCUGAUAAAAAGAAAAGGGUAGUCAAUUAA